GCGUGUUGUAGACAGAAGGAAAGUCAUCGCACUUUACCUUUUGCUCAGAAAGUUUCGUCGAAGGACGCAACGGAGAAUGUGGGUUCAUCCGAUCAAUAUGCGCAGAAGACAGUUUGGUGCUUUCCAUCAUCUUGUUGCGGAACUGCGCCUGGAUAGCGACCGUCAUCUAAAGUAUUUUCGCAUGAGUGCUGAGCAAAUGGACGAGCUUCUUUCUGUUGUUGGACCUGAGCUCACAAGACAGUCCACGAAUUAUCGAGCAGCCAUAGAACCCAAACAGCGACUUGCAAUUACACUGAGAUUCCUUGGAACUGGGGAAAGCUUCACCAGCCUUGCCCUUCAAUAUCGUCUUGGGACAAGCACUGUUGCUGGGAGUGUGCAUAUGACUUGCAGGACAAUUGAGAGGAAAAUGAUGGCAACGCAGUUUCCAAAGCCAGCAGAAGACAUGUGGAGAAUCAUCGCCUCCAAAUUUUGGUCUAAAUGGAACUUUCCAAACUGCAUCGGUGCCAUUGAUGGCAAACAUGUCAACAUAGUUGCACCUGCACAAUCUGGGAGUUUGUUCUUCAAUUACAAGAAGACAUUCUCUAUUGUUCUGCUUGCACUGGUAGAUGCAGACUACAAAUUUACAUUCGUCCAAGUGGGAGACUUUGGACGAGCCAGUGAUGGUGGAGUUUAUCAAAACUCAUCUCUCGGAAGAGGCAUUGAAGCAAAAACGUUGUCUCUGCCAGCAGAUAAGCCUUUACCAGGAUCUGGUGCUCAGGGUCCCAUGCCAUAUACCAUGGUUGCAGAUGCAGCAUUCCCCUUGAAGACCUAUAUCAUGCGACCAUUUCCAGGGAACAACAUUCCAAGAUGGAGGCGCAUUUUCAAUUACAGGCUGUCUCGAGCCAGGAUGGUAGUUGAGUGUGCCUUUGACAAAUGUGCUGUAAAUAAGAUUGUGAAGCGCAGCAACAAGCUCCGGCACGAAGGCACGGUCACUGGUGAAUUCAUCAGAGUAAAGCCGCAGAAUGGGAACCGCUGUGUUGAGAUGGCAGUAUGUGGGGUUCAGCGCCUGUAA